GCGGGCAGGAGCCAGCGUUUGGAGAGAAGAACAAGAACAACAACGGUUCGCGGUGUGCACCGUCGAUAGGCUAUGUACUUCCAGCAGUACUCAUCGGCUCCACCUGCUGCACUUCCAAGAAAUGCGGCCGGGAACUUCCCUAGCCAGCCUUUUCCGAUCGCCGCACCUGGCGGUCCGUAUGUCCAACAGCCACAGGUCGUCGAACCUUGCGCAGAGAUGGCGCAGCCCGCCGCUCCUGACGCUGUGUACCCAGAACCAGUGCCGCAUAUCGACAGCCCGUAUCCCCAGCCGGUUCAGCUCGUCCAGGGUACCUGUCCCCAGCGACCACCACAGCCUGUCCCCGGAACCGUGGGCAUCGAUCCUGGCCAAGGCUUCUACGCUCCGGUUACACUCGGUGCAUCGGGGCCGCAGCCGGCUCUGGCGUACACUGCGGACGGUCUGGUGGAAUUCCAAGCCGAGCCAUGGGGUGUCGGCACGGCCGCCGAAGCCAUGGCUCCAGACAUUGAGCCGCAUCCCUCCGCUGGGCGACGCCGCCGAAGGGCGCCUCUGCUUGGCCGGUCUCCUUCCGAUUGGGUGUUCUGCCUCACGGUGACCCUGGUGUUGCUGCUGGCAGUGCUGGUUGCCCUCGCUUACUUCUCGUACCAGAAGUUGAUCGCCAUGCGGCGUCGGAGACCACGCCACGAGGGGCUGCUUGCGGCGACUACCAAGUUCUGGCAACUAUUCUAGAAGGCCUUGGUGUUUCUCA